AUGACACUUCAAUUAAGACAAUACCGAAAGGACCCUGCUGAGAAAUCUUGGAAAGACCCACAAAUCACAUAUCCAUCAUAUUCGACUAAUCGAUGUUGGCCACCAAGUCCUAAAAAACUCUAUCCUCUGUUCACUUCAAAG